AUGUCUGGUCGCUUUGUUCGUUCAUCUAAAUACCGACACGUCUUCGGACGACCGACGAGAAAGGAUCAAUGCUAUGAUAACCUUCGCGUGUCGAGAAAUGCUUGGGAUACCAACCUUGUCAAGGUCAACCCUCGUUACCUCUCCGUGAAUUGGGAAGCUGGUGGUGGUGGUGCUUUUGCUGUCAUUCCUCUUGAAGAGCGAGGCAAAUUACCCGAGAGAAUACCUUUGUUCAGGGGUCAUACCGCAGUUGUUCUGGACACCGACUGGAACCCCUUCAAUGAUGAUUUGAUUGCCUCUGGUUCCGACGACGGCAAGGUCUUGCUUUGGCGAGUUCCCGAAGGAUUCACUCUCCGGCCGGACGUCGACCCUGACGAGGUACAAGACAUUGCACCUGUUGGAAAGCUGGCCGGUCACCCAAAGAAGAUUGGGCACGUGCUCUUCAACCCCGCCGCAGAAAACAUCCUCGCGACUGCCUCUGGCGAUUUCACUGUUAAGAUUUGGGAUAUUGAAGCCGGGGCCUCCAAAUUGACGUUGAACCUGGGAGACAUUGUUCAAUCCCAAGCGUGGAGCGCCAAUGGUUCCCUACUGGUCACCACCUCGCGAGACAAGAAGCUGCGGAUCUGGGAUGUUCGUCAGGAGCGGCCCGCUCAUGAAACCCAGGGACACUCGGGUGCAAAGAACAGUCGUGUCGUAUGGCUGGGUGAGCGCGAUCGCAUUGCGACUACCGGCUUCUCUAAGAUGAGCGACCGCCAGCUGGCGCUGUGGGAUAUUCGUGCCCCUCGUGAACCCAUCAACGGCUUCAAGACUCUUGACUCGAUCUCCGGUGUGUGCAUGCCAUUCUGGGAUGAUGGCACCCAAUGUCUGUACCUGGCUGGUAGAGGCGACGGCAACAUUCGCUACUUCGAAUUGGAAAAUGACAAGUUCGAAUUCCUUGCUGAAUACAAGUCGGCCGAUCCCCAGCGUGGUAUUGCUUUCAUGCCCAAGCGAGGUGUGAACGCCCACGAGAAUGAGGUCACCCGCGCCUUCAAGACUGUCAACGACAGCUACAUCGAACCAGUCUCCUUCAUCGUCCCUCGCCGGUCCGAAAAUUUCCAAGAUGAUAUCUACCCCCCUACCAUCGGUCUGAAGCCCGCUAUGGGCCCCUCUGAAUGGUUCGCUGGAAAGGAAGCCAUCCCUCCCAAGGUUUCCAUGGCCAGCAUUUACGAAGGCCAAGGUCUGAAGGAGGUCACUGGUGUACAAGAGAAGCCUACUGCCACCAUCAGUGCCCCUGAGCCCAAGCCCGAGCCCGAACCCAAGCCCGCCGAACCUGUCGCUGCAAAGAAGGCCCCUGAACCCGUCUCGACGCCCUCACCCGUCAUCAAGCCCGAGGUGUCCAUGAAGGAGCAAGGUGCUUCAAUGGCUGCCAUGGUGAACAAGUUUGCCGACAAGGAAGAUGAAGCCGAACCAAUGGAUGAUGAUUCCAGCUUCGAGGAAAUCCCUAAGCCUACUGAGCGGGCUGCUCGUUCCGCGGACAACGCCUCGCCCUCGAUAAAGAGCAGCCCAUGGAACCAGAAGGAAGAGGCCAAGUCGCAGGCUAGCCCUGCUCCGGCCUCUCCCGUCGUCGCUGAACGAAGCACCCCUACCGUGUCUACUCCUACCACCACAACACCCCCUGCAUCCGCAGGAUCGACCCUUCAGUCCAGCGCCUCUGUUGCCGCCGACGCCGUCCAGCGUGAGAUCUCGGCGAUCAAGGACCUGCUCGCGGAGCAAACCAAGACCAUUGCAUCGCAGGCGGAGCAAGUGCAGAACCUGACUGCGGAGAUUGAAUCUCUUAAGGCCAAGCUGGGCUAG